ACCUGUAACCUAUAUUAUACAAACCUAGUAGAGAUAGCAACAUGUUUUCUGAUUCCAGAUUUUGUUAAUUUUAUUAUAAUAUUUACAUAUAAAAUUUGAUUUGUUUGUAACUUAACAUUAUUAAAAUACGUUAAAAUGCAUAAAGUUACUGUAAAGUUUUUGUUUAAUAAAAGUUUCUGUCAUUCACGACCUUACAGCACAAAAAUUUUAAAUGAUGUUGUAAUUGUUGGUGCUGCAAGGACUCCUAUUGGCAGUUUUCUUGGAUCACUCUCCACUCUUUCUGCUACUCAACUUGGAGCAAUAGCAAUUCAAAAUGUUGUACAGCGAUCUAAAAUUACGUCAGAAAAAGUUCAGGAGGUGUUUAUGGGAGAGGUUUGUCAAGCUGCCGUUGGACAAGCUCCAGCAAGACAAUCUGCAUUAUUUGCAGGUCUUCCAAAGUCAACAAUUUGUACUACUAUUAAUAAAGUUUGCGCAAGUGGAAUGAAAAGUGUUAUGCUUGGUGCACAGACGUUACAAUGUGGCCAUAGAGACUUGAUAAUUGCUGGAGGUAUGGAAUCGAUGUCUAAUGUACCAUUUUUUUUGAGAAGAGGUAAAACAACGUAUGGUGGAAUGAAGUUGGAAGAUGGGAUAGUAUGUGAUGGUUUAACUGAUGUAUAUAAUAAGUUUCAUAUGGGUAAUUGUGCAGAAAACACAGCGAAAAAAUUAAAUAUUUCACGUGAAGAUCAGGACGAAUACGCCUUAAAUAGUUAUAAAAGAAGUGCGACUGCAUACGAAAAUAAAAUAUUCGAAAAGGAAUUAAUUGAUGUCAAAAUUCCACAAAAACGAGGUCAACCAGACCUUAUUAUUACUGAAGAUGAAGAAUAUAAGAAAAUAAAUUUGGCUAAAUUUCGCCAAUUACCGACUGUUUUUCAGAAAGAAAAUGGCACAGUAACAGCCGGUAAUGCAUCAACAUUAAAUGAUGGAGCUGCUGCAAUAGCUUUAUGUACAACGGAUUUUGCUAAACAGGAAAAACUUGAGCCUCUUGCAAGAAUAAUUGCAUUUGAAGAUUCUGCAACUGAUCCAAUUGACUUUCCAAUAGCUCCAGCUUUAGGUGUUCCCAAACUUUUAGAAAAGGCUGGUAUUAAUAAAUCUGAUGUGGCUCUUUGGGAAAUUAAUGAAGCUUUUAGUGUCGUAGUUCUUGCGAAUCAAAAACUUCUUGAUAUUGAUGGUAAUAAAUUAAAUGUACACGGUGGCGCUGUGUCUAUUGGACAUCCAAUCGGAAUGUCCGGAGCUCGACUAAUUGUACAUUUGGUUCAUGCGCUAAAAAAAGGUGAAAAAGGUGUCGCUUCAAUUUGUAAUGGUGGAGGCGGGGCUUCUUCAAUUUUAAUCGAAAAACUGUAAUAGUUUUAUUGGAUUUACAUCAAAACUGAAUUUUAUACAUUGAUGAAGAUUUACACUUUUAUAAAAUAUACAGCAUUUAUAAUAAACUUAAGCGGAAGUCAUAUAUGAAUAUUUUUUUAAGAAGAAUUUUUUAGUAUUACGAUUAAUUGUAUCUAUUUUCAAUAAAAAUCGUAUUGUUUUCACUUUGAAA